UCAUUAUUCUCAUAUCAUACUUCACCUUAAUUUCAACAUUAUUUUCUACAAAUACUCAUAAGUUCCAUAUAUAUAGUUGUAGAAUAUUUUAAAUCAUGGAGGGAGAUAUGUUACAAAGAAAUAAAUAUAAAGUCCUAAUGAAGUGUUCCAAUUUGCUCGAAUUAGCUGCUAUUGAUGACGUGUCCGGAUUCGUAAAAGAAGUAGAAGGAAAAGGGAUUGAGGUUGAUGAAGCUGGUUUCUGGUAUGGACGAAACGGCUCGUCCAAACCGAAAAUGGGGUUUGAAGAACGAACCCCAUUAAUGAUUGCUUCUAUUUAUGGAAGCAGUCUGGUUUUAAAGUAUAUACUCGGUACUAAAAAAGUAGACGUGAACAAGACGUCUAGUACCGAUGGUGCUACUGCCCUCCACUGUACUGCAGCUGGAGGGUCAGUGACGUCAGUUGAAAUAGUCAAAAUGUUAGUUGAUGGUGGUGCUGAUGUGAAGAUAACCGAUUUUAACGGGAACAAACCUGGCGACUUGAUUGCUCGUGGCAUAAAAUCGUCGAUACGAAAGGGGUUAGAGAUGAUGUUGAAAGGUUUUGUAAUCGAUGAUAUCGUUGAGGCGAAAAAGGAGUACCCAACUGAUAUAUCAUUGCCGGAUAUAAACAGUGAAUUGUAUGGUUCGGAUGAGUUUAGAAUGUAUACUUUUAAAGUGAAGUUAUGUUCGAGAGCUUACACACACGAUUGGACCGAGUGUCCGUUUGUUCAUCCGGGCGAGAACGCACGAAGACGCGACUUGAAAAAGUACAACUAUACUUGUGUCCCGUGUCCUGAGUUUCGCAAAGGAAGUUGUGCAAAUGGUGAUUCUUGUGAGUAUGCUCAUGGGGUGUUUGAGUCUUGGCUACAUCCGGCUCAAUACAAAACUCGUUUGUGUAAAGAUGAAACUGGAUGUGCGCGAAAAGUAUGUUUUUUCGCGCACAAGGUAGAGGAAUUAAGACCUUUGUAUGCAUUGACCGGGUCUGCAAUUCCUUCACCAAAAUCAGAGUUGGUUAAUGAAACGGGGUUAAUGAGCCCAGGAACGGGAUCUGGUAUGGGCUCUAUUCAGAGCCCAAGUUUGAUGGGUCGUAGUUCCACCCCACCCAUGUCGCCUACUAUUUCUCAGGUGAAUGGGUGGCAGAACAAAAUGAACCAUUUGACCCCGCCCGUGCUUCAACUCUCCGGUAGUCGUUUAAGAACGUCUAUAAAUGCCCGAGAUGUGAGGCAACAAAUGAUCAACGACUUGUCCGCAAAUCUCUACACUAAAAGCUUUGGAGAAAUGAAUAGUUCUAACGCGGAAGACGUUUUUGGAUCUUUUGAUCCAUCUUUAUUGUCCACAUUACAAUCUCCAAAUAGGCACCAAGAAAUCCGAAAUAACUCAAAUCAGCUCCACGGAAACUACUCAAAACUCGCUUUUGACUCAUCUUCCGUGGUUGCUCAAGCAGUAAUGAAUUCGAGGUCGAAUGCAUUUUCAAAACAACGUAGUCAAAGUUUCAUCGACCGUGGCGCUACAAGAGCAACUAGUCCACCAUUUUCGCAAUGGGGGUCACCUAAUGGGAAACUCGAGUGGGGGUUUAAUAGCGAAGACGCUAAUAAAUUAAAAAAAUCAGCCUCAUUUGGGGUCAAAAAUGGUAUGCCUAAAAAUGUAAGUUAUGAACCUGAUGUUUCAUGGGUGAAUACAUUGGUAAAAGAUGUUUCCUCAGUCGGAGUUGGGUUGUAUAGCUCGUCGGAAAAGCAGAGAUACGGCGGCUAUGUUGGUGGUCGUGGAGAGAACAUGCCACCGUGGGUCGAACAAAUGUUUAUAGAGCAAGAACAUUUGGUGGCAUAAAAUCAAACCUAAUAGUUUUGUUACCAUAUAACCUAAGUAGAUUUGUGUCUAUAUUCUUUUAUGACUUUUUCUAAUAUUAUGUGUUCUUCUCUCCAUACCUUAAAAAUGGGGAUUUUAAUACUGAAUUUUCUUGAGCUAUAUAUAGUUUGAUAUAUUUCAUGACAA